AGCAAUUAUUUAAAGGUCACUGGGAUCUGAUCAUGGGGUUUAAUACCUUCUUGCCCAAGGGCUAUGAGAUUAAGCUACCAGAAGAAAAGAAACCAAAGUAUGAUGAGGCAGUUGAUUUAGUUCAUAAAAUCAAGGAUCGUUUUGAGAAUGAUGAAUAUGUUUACAAGUCAUUCAUAGAUAUCCUGAAUAUGUAUAGAAGGGGAAAUAAGCAAAUUCAUGAGGUCUAUGAAGAGGUAACAACCCUCUUUAAAAACCAUCAAGAUUUACUCAAAGAAUUCACACACUUUUUACCUGUUGCCCCUGCAAUAUCUCCUUCACAUCAUGGAUAUGCAAAUCGAGAAUUUGCAUGUCAAGAUGAAAUGAAACCUGCAGCAAGACAUUUCCAUGAAAAAAAGCUGGAGAGAGCUUAUAGGCCACAUACUGAGUGCAACUCUAGCAUUGACUGUCCUGAUAUAGAACAUGAUAGAAAGAGAAGGCGUUCAGAGACAGAAAGAAUUACAAGCGUAGUUACUGACAAGAAUGAUCAUGAACGAGAUAAGGACUUGGAGCAUGGAGAUUUAGAUAAAGCACAUCAUACCUAUAAAUCUUCAUCUCAAAAGCCUGAUUACCCUAUUCCUGGGAAGAUGCAGAGAGGAGCUGAUGGCACUGAGAACAUUGGCAUAUGUGUAUAUACUCGGGAAUUCAAUUUCUGUGAGAAAGUGAAGGAUAAGGUAAAUGAUAUCCUUGGAAAGUAUCCAGAAAUUAUGGAAGGUUUCAAUGAAUUUUUGCUCAAUUGUGAAGAUAUAGAUGGAUUUCUGGAAGGCUUCUUCAACAAAAGAUACUUGGUUAAGCAUGGUAAGAUAGAGGAUAGAGAAAGGGAUCGAGAAGUGGUUAAAUGGCAGAAAGAUCAUGAAUGGGAGAGGAACACUGCAAAGGAAAGAGUUGAGAAAGGCACCCUGAAGGCUACCUUUUUCUCUAACAAAGAAAAAUAUGACCUGUGGAAACCAAUUUCAGAGCUUGACCUCUCAAACUGUCAAAGUUGCACCCCAAGUUACCGCCUUCUUCCUAAAAAUUAUCCUAUACCUUCAAGCCACAGAACUAGACUGGGAAAGUCUGUACUAAAUGAUGAUUGGGUAUUAGUGACUUCUGGAAGCGAGGAUCGCUCCUUCAAGCACAUGCUAAAGAACCAACAUGAAGAAACUUUAUUUGUUUGUGAAGAUGAUAGAUUUGAGAUGGAUCUCUUAUUGGGAUUGGUCAAUGCAACAACUAAACGUGUGGAAAAAUUAGUGGAAAUGAUGCAAGACCCAAUGACAUCGAAGAGUCCAAUGCACAUUGAAGACCAUCUUACUUCUUCGCAUUUGAGAUGUGUUGAACGAUUAUAUGGGGACCAUGGUCUUGAUGUUAUGGAUGUACUCCAGAAGAAUGCUAAUCUUGCAUUGCCAGUUAUAUUAACCCGUUUGAAGCAAAAGCAAGAGGAGUGGUCCAGGUGUCAUUCAGAUUUCAAUAGAGCUUGGGCUGAAAUAUAUGCCAAGAAUUUUCACAAAUCACUUGAUCAUCGAAGUUUCUAUUUCAAGCGACAAGAUUCUAAGAACCUGAGAACAAAAUCUUUGCUGUCUGAGAUUAAAGAGAUCAAUAACAAGCUGAAAGAAAAUGAUGUUCUCCUUGCAGUAGCUGCCCACAAUAGGCACCCAAUCAUUCCCAAUAUGGAAUUUGAGUAUGGAGAUGUGGGUAUCCAUGAGGAUUUAUAUCAGAUGAUAAAAUAUUCUAGUAGAGAAGUUUGCACAUCUUUAGAUCAAUUUGACAAAGUCAUGAAAUUAUGGAACAAUUUUUUGGAGCCUCUCUUGGGUGUUCCAAAUCGAAGUGUUGUAGAUGAUUAUCAACAUGUGAGAUGUGAGAGUCAUGCUGUCUAUGGAACUCCUUGUCAAACCAAGCUAAGUCAUGGUGCUGAGAGCAUUCUACAUGAUCAAGCAGGUUCGUGCAGGCCUGGGUUUACAAAUGGGAAUGCAACCGCUAAAAAUUGUUUCCACCGUGCAGAACAAGUCACUCACUGUGUUAAAAAUUAUUUUGAUAGCCCACUUCAAGGAAGAGUUUGGGGUAGUUAUCAUAUGCUUGAUGAAGUUGCCCGAGCAGCUGUGCAAAAUGUACCUACAGAACAUGUGCCAAAUGGUAACAAUGAUGCUAGUAGAGCUGAAGAAGCUCAUGCUAAAACAAACCCAGAGAACACAUCAGGAACUAAUGGUGUAUCCAUAAGAACUGUCCAUUUUGUCAAAGAGACAAUAGUUGAACCUCAAGCAUCCAGUGAAACUUUACCGUGUACAAAGGUUGGACAUUCUGGAAGGUUGAUUGCAUCAGAUAAUGAUGGAAUUUCUGAAUAUAUCAGACCUAGUGAAGGUCCUGCUUCCAUUAAUAAUUCCAAGAUUGAAAGAGAAGAAGGUGAAUUGUCACCGUCUAGAGAUUUUGAAGAGGACAAUGCUUAUAAUGCUAAAGCUAAUGAUGAGGAUGUAGGAAGUGCUCCACGGUCUAAUGAGAUCAGUGAAAAUGCAUCGGAGUCUGGUGAAGAUGUUUCCAUCAGUGAAUCUGGCAACGACAUGGAAUGCUCCCAUGAAGAUCAUGAGGAAGAGGAUGAUGCAGAACGUGACAAUCAAGAUGUAAAGGAUGAAAGUGAGGGUGAGGCUGAAGGAGUGACCAAGGCCCAUGACGCUGGAGGAGAAAUUACAGCAAUACUGGAUUCAGAAAAAUUUCUCAACACAGCAAAACCUCUUGCAAGGCAUGUGCCUGCAACAUUGCAUGACAAGCAUGAUAAAUCUUCCCAGAUAUUUUAUGGGAAUGAUUCAUUCUAUGUGUUACUCCGGCUUCAUCAGAUAUUGUAUGAAAGGAUGCUCUCUGCCAAGAUAAACUCAUCAGCUGCUCAAAAUAAAUGGAGUUCUAAAGAUACAAAGUCUCCUGAUUUAUAUGCCAAAUUUUUGAGCAUUCUAUACGAUCUGCUUGAUGGUUCUGCUGACAAUACCAAGUUUGAAGAUGACUGCCGUGCUAUCAUAGGAACUCAGUCUUAUGUGCUUUUUACAUUGGACAAGCUAAUCUAUAAAGUCGUUAAACAGCUUCAAGCAGUAGCCUCGGAUGAGAUGAACAAUAAGUUUCUCCACCUCUAUUUGUAUGAAAACUCACGCCAAACAGGAAGGUCUGUUGAUAUAGUUUAUCAUGAAAAUGCUCGGGCACUACUCCAUGAUGAGAACUUAUACAGAUUUGAAUGCUUUUCACAACCUUUAGAGGCGACAAGACUAUCAAUCCAGCUCAUGGACUAUACACACGAAAACCCUGGAGUGGCUGCUGUCUCAACGGAUUUCUCCUUUUCUUCUUCCCUGUACAGUGAGUUUCUCUCAAGUGCUUCAAUUAGGAAAGGAUCAUUGAAGGGUGUCUUCCUGAAAAGGAACAAGCAUAAAUAUAACAGCACUGAUGAGAAUUCCACUACUUGCAAGGCCAUGAAAGGGAUUCAAAUGUUCAAUGGUUUGGAGUGCCAAAUAUCUUGUAGUUCAUCAAAGACACGGUAUGUCGUAGAUACUGAAGAUUCCUUAUUCCAAAUGACAAAGAAGAGAAGACAUCCAAGUGGAGAUACCUUAGUUAAUAACCAAGCACACUCCGGACAAGUACACAACGCUAAAAUACAGCGAUUUCAUAGUUUCAUUUCCGGUUUCUUGUCCAGAUCCUAGUGCAAUGAUACUAGCGUGUCGUCUCUGACAGAUGAACCUGAUACGAGAAUAACCUUGAUGAAUCUGCUUUGACAGGCCACUUUUGCAUCGUCAUUGCCAUCUCUCGCCUACACAUUUCCAAAUAGUACAUGGAUGGAUGUCUGGUAUUUGCGCCGCCAUCACUCAAAGACUGUUCUAGUGUUUUUUCCCCCAUUGCAUAUUUGUAAAUAGGCAAAUCUCUCAUUUUGUAUUAGAUUUUUACUACUUCGCCGGAGCAGACAUUUAAACUUCAGAUGUAAUCUGCUUAUUCUUAUAACAAGUGGGCUUCACUGUUGAUCAUCAA